CGAGAGCCAGCAUUGAGAAAAGGCUGCUUGGAGUAAAAGCUACAACGGACGCCUGGAUGAAGCAGGAAUGGAGACUUCAUCGCGGGCCUCGAUGGCAAACGGGAAAGGAUUUUUGUCUCAUCUGAGAAAAUAUACAAAACCAUCCAGCUGAAGCUUAUUUGUAUUAGCCGUUCGGUACAUAAAGGAAAAAAUACGAACUUAUAUGGAACCCCCCCCUCGUCUGUCUCCAUUGACCGUAGCGUUAACAUCGGGCCUUGGUUUUGUGUUGUCAGUUUCACAACCCGGCUGCUGACGUUUGCUCGCAGCGCUACUUUGUGUCCCCAUUUCGCUCAUUGAUAGUGAUUUCUAAUCCGAAAAGGGAGCAGCAGAAAACCACCAUCGUGUCUGACCUUUACUGUUGUGGGUGGAUCGUGGGGCCCCCGAUGGACCCCUAGGAGCUGGUGCCGCCAUCCAGCGCACCACUUCGGCAGGGAGCAGCCACGAUGAAGAGCGAGGUCCCGUCGGACGCGCCAGGCAGACAGGAGCGCCUGAAGGGGGCGCUGGCCAACCCUGAGCCAGUGGAGGCCGCCAAGAGCUUCCCCGCCGACAUGGAGGUGAUCAGCAAGGUGGGCAGCGAGUUUGCGCCGCUGUGCGCCGAGGCCCGGCGCCGGCCGCUCCGCGAGGUGGCCACCGGGGGCCGCAGGGACUCGGACAGGGCCCACCCCGGGCGCAAGAAGCGCAAGGGCCAGCAGGCGGGGCCCUCGGACUGCCCGCUGAAGGAGGGCCGCGUCUCCGGGGGGCCCCUGGGGCCCUCGCGCCACAGGGCCGCAGCGCCGGAGGCCCGGAGCGAGGACGAGCGCAACCCGGAGUCGUCUUUCAGCGACUGCGCCUCCUCGCCCUCCUCCAGCCUCCGCUUCGGGGACUCGGACACGCUCACCUCCGAGGAGGAGGAGGAGGAAGGGGGCGGGGCUGGGGCGGGGGCGGAGCCGCAGCAGCCUCAGACUCAGCAGCAGCAGCAGCAGCGCAAGGGGGCGGGCGCUGCGGGAGGGGCCGGAGGGGGAGGGGGAGGGGCCGCGGGGGUCGGGUUACGCCCCGCCCCGGGCCGGACUCGGGGCGGCAGGCCGCACAAGUGGGCGCGGCCGGAGGCGGAGCCCGUGCUGCUGAAGCGGCCGUGCCUGAGCGGCCGCCGCCUGCUCCACAGGAAGCGGCUGGUGAAGGCGGGGCCGGGCGCGGCCGGCGCCCCGCGGACUCAGAAGCAGAAGGAGCGGCUGCAGCUCCAGCGCAGGAAGCGCGAGGUCAUCGCCCGCAGGAAGUACGCCCUCCUCCACAGCACCAGCAGCUCCAGCGAGGAGCUGACCAGCGACUCCUCCUCGCCCUCCUCCACCGAGGGGGACGACGAGCUGUACGUGGACGUCAGCAGCGGCAGCAGCCAGCCCAGCAGCGCCGCCAUCGCCCCAGGUGCCCUGGAUGAAGACGUGGUGGUGAUCGAGGCGACGCCCGCGCCCCCGGUCCUGGCCAGCGAGGAGAUCAACGUCACCUCCACCGACAGCGAGGUGGAGAUCGUCACCGUCGGGGACAGCUUCAGGCCCCGCUCCGUGGGCGGCCAUGGCCGGAUGCACUGGGGGCCCAGCUGCUCCCAGAACCGGCCCCUGGAGCCGCGCGGGCGGCCCCGCGUCUCCACCGUCAUCCAGCCGCUCCGCCAGAGCGCCGGCGAGGUGGUGGACCUCACGGUGGACGAGGAGGAUCUCUCAGUAGUGCCAGCUACCUCCGACGGGGCGCGGCCCCAGCCCGUCAGCUCCUCCUCCUCGUCCUCCCGCAACGCCUCUACCUCAGAGCCCCUCCGCGAGGCCCCGGGGCCCUCCGGCGCCGGCCCCGCGCCCGACAGCACGCUGGGGCCGCAAGUGCACGCCUCCACAGCCGGCGCCGCGGCAGGGGAUGAUGCAAGAAGAGGCUCCUCUGGGCUUUCGGGGGAGAGCGGGGGCACGGCCAUGCCUCGGCUGCCGUCCUGCUGCCCCCAGCACUCCCCCUGCGGCGGCCCCUCCCCCGGCCACCUGUCGCUGGGCCACGCCCACUCCAGCUGCCUGCAGGCCCCGCCCCCACAGCAGCCCCAGGCCCAGCACGGACACACGCACCAUUUCCACCACCACCACCACCACGCGCCCCCUGCCCCCAUGCCCCUGUCCUUCCCCGAGCCCAGCUGCCCGCUGGAACGGCCCACCGCCGUGCCCGCCCCCUGCGGGGGGGUCAGCGGCGCCAGCAGCCAGUACCACGACCAGACUCUUCCGGUGGACCUGAGCAACAGCGCCAUCCGGGGCGGCGGGACCUUCCACGGCACCUCGGCCUUCGACCCCUGCUGCCCGGGCUCGUCCUCGCGGCCGCCGGCGUAUGCCUCGCAGGCGGCGGCGCCGGGCCCCAGCCAGGCCGGCGCUGUGGACACAUACGGCUCCGCCAUGGUGGCCCCGCCCCAGGCCCCGCCUCAAGCCCCGCCCCCGGCCCAGCUGUCCUCUUGCAGGCAUUACAUGCACCCCAGCUAUGGGCCCCUGGCUCGGUCCCUUCACCAGACCUCGUCCACCUGCCCCCACUCGCACGGCAACCCCCCGCCCCCUCCCCAGCCCCCUCCCCCUCCUCAGGCCGACUACGUCAUCCCCCACCCGGUGCACCCGUUCCACGCGCCCCUGCCCUCCCACGCCCCGAGCCACGCCGUGCCCCCGGCGCCGCCGCCCUCCCUGCCGGCCCACGCCCCGCUGCCCCCCGAGCACCAGCCCCUCCCCCACCACAUGCCGCAGCUGGGGUCGUCGGUGCAGCGGCUGCACCAGCACGAGAUGCUGCACAGGAUGGAGGCCCAGCGGCGCCGCAUGCUGCAGCACCCCACGAGGGCGCACGAGCGGCCGCCGCCCCACCCGCACAGAAUGCACCCCAACUACGGCCACGGUCACCACAUACACGUGCCACAGACCAUGUCCUCGCACCCGCGCCAGCCUGACCAGAGGACCACCUGGGAGCUGGGGAUCGAGGCCGGAGUGACGGUGGCGCCGUACCCCCCGGGACACCUGCACCCCCACCUGCCCCACUACCAUGCUCCCCCAAGGCUGCACCACUUCCCCAUCCCCUUCAUGCACACCGGCAUGUCGGAAGUGACCUACCCUCACAUUCGCUACAUCUCAUCCAGGAUGACUGGAUUCGGACGAACCUAUGAAGACCUGCUCCAUUUGGAGGAGCGACUGGGGACUGUGAACCGCGGUGCCUCUCAGGGAACCAUAGAGAGAUGCACUUACCCACACAAGUACAAAAAGAGAAAGCUCCACGGCAAGCAGGACGAGGACGAGGGGGCGGAGGAAGACACGGAGGAGAAGUGCACCAUCUGUCUGUCCAUACUGGAGGAAGGGGAGGACGUCAGACGCCUUCCCUGUAUGCACCUUUUCCAUCAGCUGUGUGUCGACCAAUGGCUCCUCACCAACAAGAAAUGCCCCAUUUGCAGAGUGGACAUAGAGGCGCAGCUGUCUGCAGAGAGUUGAUGCUGUUUUUUUUUUUUUUUUCUCGCAACCCUUUAAUUUUUUUUUGU